AUGCGCCACUCCCUCGUGACCUGCUUGCGCAAGUCGACGUCCGCCCGAAACGUCGUCAACGGGCAAUGGGCCACCACGCACUAUAGUGUCAAGGACCGCUCGAAGGACCCGCGCUGGAAGGACAUCCCGAUGAAGCGCGAGUCGGACCAGUACGACGUGGUGAUUGUGGGUGGAGGGCCCUCCGGCCUCUCCGCGGCCAUCCGACUUCGGCAACUUGCGGAGAAGGAGGGAAAGGAACUCCGCGUCUGUGUCGUCGAAAAAGCCGCUGAACUUGGCGCUCACACCCUUUCCGGUGCUGUCAUCGAAACCCGAGCCCUGGAUGAGCUGCUCCCGAAUUGGAAGGAGUUGGACAGCCCGGUGAAGCAGAAGGUUACGUCCGAAUCGAUCGCCAUUCUCACCGAAACCGGCCGAAUUCCGGUCCCGGUUUUCCCGGGUGUUCCGUUGUACAACAUCGGAAAUUACGUUGUACGCCUCGGUCACGUCGUCAACUGGUUGGGUCAGGUGGCCGAGCAGCAGGGCGUUGAGAUCUACCCGGGAUAUGCUGCUUCGGAGGUCCUCUACAAUGAAGACGGAAGCGUCAAGGGAAUUGCCACCAACGAUGUUGGGAUUGGGAAGGAUGGUGCUCCAAAGGAGGGCUUCGAGCGCGGCAUGGAGCUCCACGCCAAGUGCACCAUUUUUGCCGAGGGUUGUCGUGGGCAUUUGACGAAGCAGGUCACCGACCGCUUCAAGCUGCAAACCCAUCCGAUGUCCUACGGCCUCGGCAUCAAGGAACUGUGGCAAAUCGACCCGGCCAAGCAUCGCCCCGGCUACAUUGAGCACACGAUGGGAUGGCCGAUGUCUUCCGACAGCUACGGUGGCUCCUUCCUUUACCACAUCGAGGAUAAUGGCCAGCCACUCGUCUCGAUCGGCUUCAUUGUUGCCCUCGACUAUAAGAACCCCUACAUGAAUCCGUAUCAGGAGUUCCAACGCUACAAACUUCACCCCUCCAUCCGCUCCCAACUCGAGGGCGGACAGCGUAUCGGCUACGGAGCCCGUGCCAUCAAUGAGGGCGGCUACCAAGGAGUCCCGAAGCUCUCGUUCCCGGGCGGCUGCCUCGUCGGCUGCACGGCCGGCCUGCUCAACGUGGCCAAGCUGAAGGGCACCCAUAACGCCAUGAAAAGCGGCAUGGUGGCCGCGGAGAGCAUCUACAAGGAGAUUGGCACGAAUCCGGAGAAGAGCAGCAUCGAGCCGGCCUCCUACCCAAAAGCUCUGGAAGACACCCCAGGAUACCUCGGCGGCCUGGCCUACACCGGCCUCUUCUACGUGCUCGGCCGCGGCCUCGAACCCUGGACCCUCGACCAUGGCAAGCCGGACAACGAGAAGCUGCUCCCGAAGGACAAGGCGAAGCCCAUCGACUACAACAAGAAGGCCGACAACAAGCUGACAUUCGACCUGCUGAACUCGGUGUCGCUCACCGGCACCAAUCACCAGGAGGACCAGCCGAGCCACUUGACGCUCAAGGAUGACAAAGCCCCGCUCGACAUCAACCUCAAGCAGUUUGACGGCCCCGAGUCGCGUUUUGCCCUGCUGGUCAGUGUCUACGAAUUCGUGCCCUCGGAAACGGCCUCCGACCAGAUGCGCCUCCAGAUCAACGCCCAGAAUUGCAUCCACUGCAAGACGUGCGACAUCAAGGACCCCUCGCAGAACAUCAACUGGGUGACGCCGCAGGGCGGUGAAGGGCCAAAGUACGACGGGAUG